AUGGACCCCAACGAUUCACCCCGCUUCCGUCCCUUUGGAUGCCACGUUCAGGUGCCAGUCAAGGUCAAGAAGGCCAAAUACUCUACCUCUCUUGAUCCUCGUGGAUACAUUCCUGUCUAUGAAUACAUGAUCAACGGUCAACCAAUAAUGUGGGAUAGAGAAACCGGUUAUGUGUUCUUUACAGGAAUCUGGAAAUCCUUGAAUAACUCAAAGGCUGACAUCGUCAAGAUGGUCGACUCCAAUCCUGAUCUGCGAGUAAAGAAAAUCCGGGGUGGAUUCCUCAAGAUCCAAGGCACCUGGAUUCCUUACGAAUUUGCCCUCAUACUCUGCAAACGCACCGCAUUCCAUGUACGCAAGGAACUCGUCCCAGUAUUCGGC